AGAAACUGCUUUGUGUUUAUCAUGUCUUUCAUCCAGGUAGACAAGAACUCAGAUUUUCCUCUUCAAAAUCUCCCUUAUGGGGUUUUCUCCACUAAGGAGGAGCCUCGGCACAGGAUUGGAGUAGCGAUUGGAGACCAAAUUUUGGAUCUUAGCGUCAUUAAACACCUGUUCAGUGGUCCAGCCCUUUCCAAACAUCAGCAUGUCUUUGACCAGCCAACUCUUAACGACUUCAUGGGGUUGGGCCGUGGAGCAUGGAAGGAAGCGAGAGCAUUUCUCCAAAAGCUGCUCUCGGCCAGCGAGUCGACCUUGAGAGAUAACACGGACCUGCGGAAAAGAGCGUUCGUACCUCAGGCUGCUGCCACGAUGCACCUGCCAGCUGAAAUCGGAGAUUACACUGACUUUUAUUCUUCACGACAACAUGCCACAAACGUCGGGAUCAUGUUCAGAGGAAAGGAGAAUGCUUUGAUGCCUAAUUGGUUGCACUUACCUGUCGGUUAUCACGGCCGGGCAUCGUCUGUUGUGGUGUCUGGGACGCCCAUCAGAAGACCUGUGGGGCAGAUAAGACCUGACAACGAUAAACCUCCAGUGUUUAGUGCUUGUAAACGUCUGGAUAUCGAGCUAGAAAUGGCAUUCUUUGUAGGCCCUGGCAACAAGUAUGGGGAGCCAAUUCCUAUCAGCAGAGCCCACGAGCACAUCUUUGGGAUGGUCCUUAUGAAUGACUGGAGUGCCCGUGACAUUCAGAGAUGGGAAUAUGUUCCAUUGGGUCCGUUCCUGAGCAAGAGCUUUGGCACAACAAUCUCUCCUUGGGUUGUUACUAUGGAAGCUCUCAUGCCAUUCGUGUUGCCAAAUCCUGUCCAGGAUCCCAAGCCACUGCCCUACCUCAGAGAUGAAGAACCCUACACUUUUGACAUCAAGCUCUUCGUUGCUCUUAAAGGAGAAGGAAUGAGCAUGCCAACUACUGUAUGCACAUCCAAUUUCAAGCACAUGUACUGGACCAUGAAACAGCAGCUAGCUCACCAUUCAAUCAACGGAUGCAACCUCAGAACUGGAGAUCUCCUGGCGUCUGGAACAAUCAGUGGACCUGACCCAGAGAGCUUUGGCUCCAUGCUGGAACUGUCUUGGAAUGGAACAAAAGAAAUUAAUCUUGGCAGUGGGCAGUCUCGUAAAUUCCUGCAGGAUGGAGAUGAAAUCAUAUUGACAGGUUACUGCCAGGGCAGUGGCUACCGAGUGGGAUUCGGCCAGUGUUCGGGAAAAAUUCUUCCAGCCGCGUCAUUUCCGUGAUGCCUGGCGUAGGGUGGCUUCGGAGGAAGAGAUGGAGGAUCUCUCUGCCCUGUCUCGAAUAGCUGUGCUGCUUUAUUCAGAUUUACUGUUUUUAUACGAAUGAUUGGAAUAUUAUUAUUUUUAAUUCUCAAUAAAUAUCGUAUAGA